AUGGCGUCGAUGAAUCCUUCUCCAGUCUCAGGCCUGCCUCCUUGCAAACGAUACAUAGCUACCCACGACAGCGCCGGCAAGAGCAUAUACGCCCCUUCACCCGAACAGACUUAUAACAGAGGCAACCCCAGCGCUACACUCGCCCUCGCACGAUCCUUCGCCGUCGCCGCGGUGCCCGCAAACCUCACCGAUGAUGCUGAUAUCAAGGCAUACGAAGCCGACUCUGGUCCCGCGAGCCACAAGAACCCAAGCAUAGUCAGCGAGUCGGAUUCUGGAACGGGCGCGAAUCUGCUCGUGAUUGAUCUUAAGCCUGGUGCUGUCAGUGCCAUGCAUAGGACUGUGUCGCUUGAUUUCUCCAUGUGUGUCAUUGGUGAGAUUGAUCAUGAGUUGGAUGGCGGGGAGAAGGUUCGGUUGCAUCCUGGAGAUCAUAUCGUGCAGCGGGGAACCAUGUGA